AUGAUUGUCCAUAAACUGAGAGACACUUUACGGACAACUCUUUCAUACCAUAAGUCCAUCGCUUCCAACACAAGACUUUGUCUCACAAUUGGAUCUAAUCAUACAAUCAGUGAAAUGUCACCAAAACUGUCGAAACCGUUAUCACCGGGAGAUGUGAUAACCGAAGACAUGCCUAUCAUUCAUGUCCUGGAUUUUCAACUCAAAGACAAAUAUUGUGACAAUUGUUUCAAACAAUCGGAUCAAUUGAAGAGAUGUACGAAAUGUCUUCUCACGUAUUAUUGCGGUAAAGAGUGUCAGAAGAAUGACUGGAAGUAUCACAAGAAUGAGUGUCCACUCUAUGGCCACCCAAUGGUCCAAAUGUUUAUUGACGACAAUUUGGCCCGACUUUGGCUCCGACUCUACCUAUCAGUGAAAAAGGUGCCAAACUUUGCCACAAAAAAGCACCGAUUCUUUGACGGAUCGGAUGUCAGUCUCAAUGACAUCAAAGUGAAUGGUUAUGAUUUGGACGACUCGUAUAAACGGGAACUUUUCAAAGGGAUUGGUAUUCUCUUCGAGGCAUUGCGUAUGGAUUACGAGCCCAAAGAAGUGCUGCAUUGGUUGGCACUGGUAUUCACCGUCCCUUAUGUGGCCAUACAUUCGGGUGACGAGCAAUCCAUUAAGUUUAUCGGUCGCGCGCUUUACGCUCUGAACAUAGUGCUGGAGCACAGCUGCCGUCCCAACAGUGCACUCAUUACUAACUUUAAUGGAGACCUAUCGAUACAAUUACGGGCAAUGAGACCGAUAGCCGCCGGCGAAGAGAUCACUAUAAGUCUCGUAUCGUUGGGUCAAAACCGCGCGGACCGACACAAAGAGCUAAAACAGUGGUCAAUUGACUGCGAGUGCGACAAAUGUGUCCACCAUUUGGACCGUCGGGUCGAUUACCGGCGUCUCAUACCCUUCGAGCCGUUACCGCUUUACGUCUUCAGUUUCGGCACACAAUUCAUGGAUUAUUUGCGGAAAGUGUUGACCGAUUUGGAUGUGGUGUACGACGGCUGUCAUCCGCAGCGGACAAUGUUUCUGAAGGGACUUCUUAUGGAACUACAAAAGUGUCCGUUAAUUCCCGAAUCGGUUUUGAAUGAAAUGAAAGCCAAUUUCACGAAUGAAGUUGCGGUCACUUUUCGGGCCGACGACCCGUUUAGGCCUGUCUUAGGACCCGAAGGGUUGGUUUUGUUCAACGCAUUCGUGGAGUGCAAGGAACUGGUAAAAUGCAUGGUAGUAAUAUCUGUACUAUCAGUGACAUACGCCAUGUCCAUCAGGGAGCUUAUGAAGGCUGGGAUUAUGAUAAUUAAGGGUCAAAACACUACCGAUUGGGUCACUAAUGCCGUCGACAGACCGCUGUCUAUAAUGAACGGCAUUUGGCCGCCGCUAAUGACAUAUAAGGAAUGGGAAGUAGAUAUCGAUGACAACACAUCUCUCAUACUAUCGAUAUUGCGGUCCAUUUAUAGUAUUGAUACAAACUGUGGCCAAAUAUGUCAACAGAAAUUGGCGUCUCUAGGCACCAGAUUCCAAACAUGUUUGGAGGUAUUAUUUAGAUAUUGGUGUUCACAAUCGGUUAUCCGACAACAGUUUAGAGCAGUUAUCACAACAUUAUUUAUAACGGGAAUCAACUGCGAACCGACCGAACACAGGCCGCCAAUCGGGUCGACUACCGAUAAUGAAGUGGCCACAGUUCAGGCACCGGUCAGAGUUAAUCAUUGA